GCACGUAGUCGGUGGUAGUACGCAUGUGCGAACAGGAAGUAUCAUGGCUGCCUGGCUUUAUAUGUAACGUGCAGAGAUUGCGAACUAUUUACGCCUAAAUAACGCCCUUACUGUACAACUUAAUAGUACUGAAGAAUAAUACAGAAUAUUACAGAUAAAUUCACCAAUGGCGGACUGUAGCGACUUGGACAGACAAAUUGAAAAGCUCAGGAACUGCGAACUGAUCACAGAAAAGGAAGUGAAACAGCUAUGUGCAAAAGCCAGAGAAAUCCUAGUUGAAGAAAGUAAUGUACAAAGAGUAGACUCACCAGUUACAGUCUGUGGGGAUAUACAUGGGCAAUUCUAUGAUUUAAAGGAACUUUUUAAGGUUGGAGGCGAUGUUCCAGACACAAAUUACCUCUUUAUGGGCGAUUUUGUAGAUAGAGGUUUUUACAGCGUUGAAACAUUUUUACUUCUGUUAGCACUUAAGGUUCGUUAUCCAGACAGAAUAACUCUUAUUAGGGGAAAUCAUGAAAGCAGACAAAUUACACAGGUUUAUGGGUUUUAUGAUGAAUGUCUAAAGAAGUAUGGCUCAAUAACAGUGUGGAGAUACUGUGCAGAAAUCUUUGACUACCUCAGCUUAUCGGCCAUUAUUGACAACAGAGUCUUCUGUGUACAUGGUGGUCUAUCGCCAUCAAUAAGCACUUUGGACCAGAUUCGCAGCAUUGACAGAAAACAGGAGGUCCCCCAUGAUGGCCCUAUGUGUGACCUGUUAUGGUCUGACCCUGAAGACAUCCAGGGGUGGGGCGUUAGUCCAAGAGGCGCAGGUUACCUGUUCGGCAGUGAUGUAGUAGCUCAGUACAAUGCAGCCAAUGACAUUGACCUGAUUUGCCGAGCUCAUCAACUUGUUAUGGAAGGCUACAAAUGGCACUUUAACGAGACUGUUCUUACUGUCUGGUCAGCUCCUAACUACUGUUACAGAUGCGGCAAUGUGGCAGCAAUCCUGGAACUUGACGAACACCUGAAAAGGGAAUUCACGAUAUUUGAAGCCGCACCCCAAGAUGUACGAGGGACGCCCUCGAUCGCCAAGAAGCCAUCUGCAGACUACUUCCUAUAAGACAUAAACACACUUGAAGCAAAUAUCGAGAAGCCAUUGGCACCUGAAUAUGCAGGUUGUCAGAAGGAACUCACCCCUCCUUGGGUGACUUCGAACUCGAAACAUUCGUCGCUCUGAGCUCUAAUGAGACGUCUAAUUUUAGAAUUCAUUUUCACAAGAACCCAAAUUUUAGUCUCUAAACUGUAUUUGUGAAUUGGGAAUUGGAUCCGUGGAAAUGACUACGUUCAACAGAAUUUUGGAUACUAGUCUAGAGAAAUACAUUUCUUUAGAAUUUGUUUUUGCUUGAUUUCGUAUAUAUACUUACCAAUCUUAGCAUCAGAACAUUUCUUUAACUUAUAUCCAUAAUAUUUCUCGUCCGCCAUUUUUUGAGGUGGGUUGAUUUUUACAAUCAAUGUUUACAGCUAUUUUUUAUCAAAUAAGGAACUACUUGGGUCAAAGUGUACUCGAAACUACAGAUAUUGACAAUUCGUUUGCCACAUUUGAAUAUCAACCAGCAAUAUACUUGCUUGCAAUGGUGGAGAACCCGACAAGGAAAAAUGUACAUUCUCUUGAUUAGCCCAAACAUGGCGGCCAGUGCUGCCCUGCUGCAAACCAAGAAUUCCAAUCCUUGUAAUCAAGUGUCCUCGUCUUUUGUACCAACACUGCAGAUCUAUGUAAAUUUAUUUGUAUGUAAUAAAGGGUUUUAACGAAA